GUAAAACUGUGGUUACACUGGAAUAUAUCUGGAGUAAGGGAUCAUGACAGCGGCGGAUUUCAAUCACAAAUAUAUUCAUGCGAUUCAUUUGUUAACUUUCUUACUAUAGCAAACACUCGAUAUAAACAUUAUAUCCAUACACUGCCUGUAUGGUGUGAGCAGUGUUAAACUGCAGUUCUUCAUCUCUUCAGAAGAUUUGAACAGUAGUCAUGAAGUGUGUUUUUUAUUAUGUUUUUUUGCUGUGGGGUUUACUCAACACUGGAGUAUCUGGAUCACAACAAGGUACCACCAUACCUCUGUCAGUUGUGAAACUCUGGGCUUCAGCAUUUGGCGGAGAGAUGAAAUCCAUCGCGGCAAAGUAUUCUGGUUCUCAACUGCUGCAAAAGAAGUAUAAGGAGUUUGAACAGUCUGUGAAAGUGGAGGAGAUUGAUGGACUCAAACUGGUGAAGAGACUCGCUAAGAACAUGGAGCACAUGUUCCACAAGAAGGCAGAAGCUAUAAAGAGACUGGUGGAAGCAGCAGAGGAAGCCCACCUCAAUCAUGACGAGGACCCUGACCUACAGUACGAGUACUUUAAUGCAGUGUUGAUUAAUGAGUUGGAUGAGGAGGGCAAGAGUGUGGAGUUGGGUGGAGAAUUUAUCCUGCAGCCUAAUGAACAUUUCAAUAAUCUGUCGGUCAACCUCAGUCUCAGUGUCGUGCAGGUGCCCACAAACAUGUAUAACAAAGAUUCAGCUAUAGUAAAUGGGGUGUACUGGUCAGAGGCGCUCAAUCAGGUGUUUGUGGACAACUUUAAAAGAGACCCGUCUCUCAUAUGGCAGUACUUUGGAAGCGCUAAAGGCUUCUUCAGGCAGUUUCCAGGUAUAAAGUGGACACCAGAUGAACAUGGAGUGAUAGAAUUUGACUGUAGAAAUCGCAAAUGGUAUAUCCAGGCAGCUACGUCACCUAAAGAUGUGGUCAUUUUAGUGGAUGUGAGUGGCAGUAUGAAGGGGCUUCGGCUGACCAUAGCCAGACAGACUGUCUCCUCCAUACUGGAUACACUUGGGGAUGAUGACUUCUUUAACAUUAUUGCUUACAAUGAGGAGCUUUAUUAUGUGGAACCGUGUUUGAAUGGAACUAUGGUUCAAGCUGACAUUGCCAACAAAAAUCAUUUCCGAGGGCGUCUUGAGCAUCUGUUUGCUAAAGGUAUGGGCAUGCUGGAUGUAGCUCUGACUGAAGCAUUUCAACUUCUCAGUAAUUUCAAUGACACAGGUCGAGGCAGUGUGUGCAGUCAGGCCAUCAUGUUGGUGACUGAUGGAGCAGUGGACACAUAUGAUGCUGUCUUUGCAAAAUACAACUGGCCGGAUAGAAAGGUGCGGAUAUUCCCUUACCUGAUAGGUCGGGAGUCUUCCUUUGCUGAUAACCUGAAAUGGAUGGCCUGCGCUAACAAAGGUUAUUUUACUCAGAUCUCGACGUUAGCAGAUGUUCAGGAGAAUGUGAUGGAAUACCUGCAUGUGCUCAGUCGACCGAAGGUCAUCGAUCGAGAGCAUGACAUGGUGUGGACAGAGGCAUACGUCGACAGCACACUGGAUGACAGUGAGGGUCCCGUGCUCAUGACCACUGUAGCGAUGCCGGUGUUCAGCACUAAGAAUGAGACAAGAAAUAAGGGGAUUCUUCUUGGUGUGGUGGGCACAGAUGUGCCAGUGUCUGAAAUAUUGAAGGCCAUCCCCAAAUACAAGCUGGGAAUUCAUGGUUAUGCAUUUGCCAUCACCAACAACGGAUACAUACUCACCCAUCCAGACCUGCGGCCUCCGUAUGAACAAGGGAAGAAGAGGAAGAAGUCCAGCUACAGCAGUGUGGAUCUGUCUGAAGUGGAGUGGGAAGAUAGAGAGGACGUGUUGCGUAAUGCCAUGGUGAACAGACAAACAGGCCAUUUCUCUAUGGAAGUGAAGAAGACUGUGGAGAAAGGGAAGCGUGUGCUUGUUCUACACAAUGAUUAUUACUACACAGAUAUUAAAGGAACUCCAUUCAGUUUAGGGGUGGCUCUUUCCAGAGGUCAUGGCAAAUAUUUCUUCAGUGGUAACAUCUCUGUUGAAGAAGGACUACAUGAUUUGGAGCAUCCAGAUGUUAUGUUAACGGAUGAAUGGGCGUACUGUAACACAGCUGAACAUCAAGACCUUCAUUUCAAGUCUCAGAUCGAAGCUAUCAAGCUCUAUUUUAAUGGAGAACCACAUCUCAAUUGUGAUCACGAUCUUGUGCUGGAGGUUUUAUUUGAUGCUGUAGUCACAGCGCCCUUGGAGGCAUACUGGACCAGUCUCGCUCUCAAUAAAUCAGAAAACUCUGAUAAAGGGGUGGAGAUAGCUUUCCUCAGCACUCGAACUGGUUUAUCACGCAUCAACCUUUUUGUGACACCAGACCAACUGACUAUUCAAGAUUUUCUGACACUGGAGGAUAAGGAGGUGGUAUUCAGCACAGAUCAUUUUCCGCUGUGGUACAAACGUGCAGCUGAGCAGGUGCCUGGAACCUUCGUCUACUCACUACCAUUUAACACAGGCUCUGAGAAUAAUAGUGUGGUUUUGGCCAGCAGUGCUGUUCAUCUAUCGGAUGAGAGAGAGUCACCCAUUGCUGCAGCUGUUGGGAUACAAAUGAAACUAGAGUUCUUCCAGAGGAAGUUCUGGACUGCCAGCAAACAGUGUGCAGCUCUGGAUGGGAAGUGUACUAUCAGCUGUGACAAUGAUGACAUCAGUUGUUACCUUAUAGACAACAAUGGAUUCAUUAUCGUUGCUGAGGAUUUGUCUUUGACAGGAGUGUUCUUCGGGGAAGCUGAGGGAGCAGUGAUGAGCAAACUCAUUUCAAUGGGCUCUUUUAAAAGGGUUAAUCUGUAUGAUUAUCAGGCCAUCUGUAGAGUUUAUGCUGAGAGUAGUGACACUGCACACACACUCUUACACCCAUACUUUGCUCUCUUUGCGGCUGUCCGGUGGCUGCUGACAAAGUUUGUCAUAUUUCUGGUAGAGUUCAAUCUGUACAGCUGUUGGAAUACUGACCUCACUAUUAAGGCUCAUAGAGGAGGCAGGACUAUGUUGGUUCCUUGCGAUACAGAGUAUCCAGCGUUUGUGUCAGAACGCACCAUUAAAGAAACGGUGGGGAAUAUUGACUGUGAGAGAUGUGUUAAAUCAUUUGUUAUUCAGCAAAUCCCCAGCAGUAAUCUGUUCAUGGUUGUCAUAGACAAGAAAUGUGACUGCAGCCACUUUGGACCCAUCACUAUGGAGCCCAUCGAGAUCAUGUAUAACGAGUCUCUUAAAUGUGAGCGGUUGAAGUUUCAAAAAGACCGAAGGCGACCAGACACAUGCCAUCCCUUCCACCAAGAGGAAAACUCUAUGGAGUGUGGAGGUGCUCUGGGUUUGACUCCAUCAUUAACUACAGCAGUUCUAACCCUUUUAGUCACCACCUUCCCCAGGUGACGAAAACAGGAUCUGACCCCUCACUACUCCCACUACUCCCACCUCAGUCGAGCAUGCAAAGUGAUUCUUCACACUGAAAAACUGAACAAAUUAUCAAAAUCACUUAUUGAAUGAAAGUGAAAUUUUUUCUUUGUAGUGACAUUCAGAUUUAAUGGAGACAAAAUUAGAAAGUUAAUAUUAUCAUUAUAAUUAAGGGUGCAAAAUACUUAUAGCUGUGUUUAUAAUAAGAGUGAAAAACAGCUUAAUCAUCUGCGCCAAACACUAAAAAGCUUAUAUAUUAAAUACAAGUCAAAUACAAGGAAAGAAAAAUCUCGCACACAAUAACCAUAGGUUAUAAUAAAAAUAUCCUCCAAUAUAUUUA